ACCGUCGCACCAAUGAUGUAACUUUCAUUUCCUGAUUGGCAAGGGUCAUACACAUGAAUACUGAGUUUAGUUAGAGCCCAGUUUACGAACCUGAGUCUUUAUACAGUCGCUUUACUGAUUUUGACUUUAAUGAAAUGAUGUUACGGACUCUGUGUCGGACCGGCGGGGCCCUUCUGCAGCAAACCCAGCGGACUGUGCCGAGGUUGUGGGUUACACCAGCCCAGCAGCGAUGGGCGUCCAGCCUGCCCAUGAACACCGUGGUCCUGUUUGUGCCCCAACAGGAAGCCUGGGUGGUGGAGAGAAUGGGUCGUUUCCACCGGAUCUUAAAGCCGGGUUUAAACUUCCUCAUACCCUUACUUGACCGAGUUCGCUAUGUGCAAAGUCUCAAAGAGAUUGUCAUUGAUGUCCCAGAGCAGUCUGCAGUAUCUCUAGAUAAUGUAACACUACAGAUUGACGGAGUCCUUUACUUAAGGAUCCUAGACCCUUUUAAGGCCAGUUACGGUGUUGAGGAUCCAGAAUAUGCCGUCACACAGUUGGCACAGACCACCAUGCGUUCAGAACUGGGCAAACUCACACUGGACAAAGUGUUCAGGGAAAGGGAGUCCCUCAAUUCCAACAUGGUCCACUCCAUCAACCAAGCUUCAGACGAUUGGGGAAUCCGUUGCCUCCGUUAUGAAAUCAAAGAUAUACAUGUUCCACCUCGUGUCAAAGACGCCAUGCAGAUGCAGGUGGAGGCUGAACGCAAGAAGAGAGCCACAGUGCUGGAGUCCGAAGGGAUGAGGGAAGCGGCCAUUAACGUCGCUGAGGGUCGUAAACGAGCUCAGAUUCUGGCCUCGGAGGGUGAAAAAGCAGAGCAGAUCAAUAAAGCGGCUGGUGAGGCCCAAGCGGUCUUAGCCUUAGCAGAGGCAAAAGCUAAGGCUAUCCAUAUGCUGUCAGAGGCUCUGACUGAGCAGAACGGAAAUGCAGCGGCCUCGCUAAGUGUGGCCGAGCAGUACGUGUCUGCUUUCUCCAACCUUGCCAAAGAGUCCAACACCAUCCUCCUGCCCUCUAAUACUGGUGACAUUAGCGGAAUGGUCACACAGGCUAUGACCAUUUACGGCACGUUGGCGAAGGCGAGCCAGAAAGCCGCACCAGAAACGGUGGAGGAGAAGAGCGAAGAGCUUGUGAACCAAUCAGCAUCAUCUCAAUAGCAGGGGACUAUGUGAAUGAACUCAAAGCAGUAAAAUGACACCGAACCAGAAGAAGCAGUUUAUGUUUCAGUUAUCGGGGCUCCAAGGCAUCGCCGUGUGAGCAGAGUUCACAUAACCUUCUACUGGCAGGACAGAAGGAAAAACUUUAUAAACUUCCGGGAUGUUUUGCCUUGGAGUCCUGGGAAAAUCACAUAUUUUUGCAAGAGGAAUUUUUAAUCUUCACUGACUAUUGUUUAUGUUCAAUUUAUUGUCAGAUUGGGAAAUUAACACCAGCCUUAAACCAAAUCCACUCAUACCAGUGGCUUUGGCACAAUUCUUGGUGACAAUUCUUCAACUGUCUUCAGCAUCAUUGGGACCAGAAACUUUGAGUUGCUAUAUGUGAUGUCCGGCUGGAUGCCUCAGAAUGGUUUCCCAAAGUGUAGUUAAUUCACAAUUUGGCCCAUGUUAGAUUAAAACAUUAUCUGAAACAUAACUGAAAAACUUAAUCCAGUAUUUUCUUUAGAAAUAGUAUAGAGAAGGUGUAAUGUACUGAUAGCUAGUUAGUAUACAAAGUCAGCCCUAGGAACAAAUGUUCCUCUCCUCUUAGUAUUUGUAUUCACCUUUUAUGUCUUAUGGAAUAUAUUUAUUCAGUUUCAUGGUUUUCUGCAAAGACCGAUGCUUACAGGUUUAUGAAAAAUGGUGCAAAAAUUAAAUUUUUCAGUAGGUUUAUGACGUGGUGGUAUGGGAUGUCGUGAAGCACUUGUUCAAAAAUAUACAAUUAUGUUAUGUUGGUGGUGUAGAACAAUUCAUGAGAAACUGGACUUCUUCAAAUGUAAUGUUUGGGAAAACCCCUGACUGUUGAUAAAGAAACACUGGCAGUAUGAUUUGGAAAUGGAUGUUAAAGUUGACCCUCCAUGUCUUGGGUCACUGUUUGGGUUCAGCUAUGUUAAAUUAAUAAAAAAUUUAAAAAAGUUGGUUAACUAGGUCUGUGUCAAUAAAUAUACUUCAAAAUUG